AUGUCUUCAACCUCAGAUCAGAAGAAUGAAUCGCCCUUUACAGAUCCACCAGUCAAAUUCAAAGUGGGCAGCAGUGGAAAGGUUUACUAUGUCCACCCGGGGGUCCUGCUGCCAUUCUCCUCAUCCGCGCUAUGCACGCGGAUACAUGGAUCUUGGAAAGGCACGAAUGAUGAUACGGUGGACUUGACUGACGACGAUGAGCAUACUAUUGAGAAUGUUAUCGACUUUUUCUAUACGCGGAAAUACCACCCUGCACAGCUUUUACCGGGGCUCCCAAUGGUGAUGGAUUACGACUCAUUGGAAAGCCCUCUAGAGACUGAUGCCCUCGAGAUACUGGCCCAUGCCAGAGUAUUCUCUUUCGCCCAUAUAUAUCUCAUAUCAGAACUGGAAUCAUAUGCAACAGAGCGCCUCACAAAAUGUCUUGCCGGCCUGGAAGGCUAUUACAUCGAGAUGUUGCCACAUCUCGCGGAGGCAAUCCGUGUCAUAUAUGGCACAACGCCUAAUAUUUCCCAAAAUGCUGCCAGACCAUUGCUGUCUGAUUUUACUGCGCUCAAGUUUAGCACGCUGUCUGGUGCUCUCCUUGACGAUCUUAUGGCGGAGUUUAGUGAUUUCAGAGUAGAUGUCUUGGGCAAGCUUGCUGGACGAAUCAAGGACAUGAACCUUAACAUUAUAAAGCUCGAGGUACAGUGUGCACAACUGGAUGAGGAGCUGUUUGAGUCCAAGGACCAAGUGGAGGGCUGGGAGACUUGGAACCGCAGCCUGCCUUUGUCAAAUCAGAGGCCAGAAUACGCAUUAUAUCACUGA